AUGAUUUGUAGAAAUUUCUUAAAAAUAAAGACAUAAUUAAAUAAAAUAGUAUUAAAAAAUUAUACCAACGAUACCCAAUCUAUCAAUUAAUAAGACCAUCAACCUUAAUUUAAAAGAGUAGCUUUAAUUCUAUCCGGUCUUGGUAACGAAACAGGUACUGAUUUAUAUGAUGCCGUAUCUUUAAUGGUUAACUUAAAUAAUUUAGGUGUAAAUGUAAAUUUUUAUUCACUUCCUGAUUAAAUGAUAGAAUCUUCUAGAAUAUCUCGUGGAAAAAUAAACGAUUUAUCUACUUUAAAACCUUCCGAAUAUUAGGGAAUAUUCCUUCCCGGAGGAAAUGGUGUAGCAACUAAUUUGACAAACUACAGAGAAAAAAACGAAGAAUUUUAAGUAAACGAAAUAUUAGAAAAUGCUUUAAUUUAAUUCCAUUAAGAUAAAAAACCUAUAGUAACUUUAGGUCUUGCAGGUAUUAUUGCAGCCAAAGUAUUUAUAAAGUACAGUCCAAGACUUACUUUGGGUAAGUAAGAACAAAGGGAUGAUGGAAAAGUUAAUUUUUUGGAAUAAGAAAGCAUUAAAGUCCUUGAGAAAUUAGGAGCUAUACACGUUGAUAGAUUUUCUAAUAAUUUCUAAAUAGACUUCGAAAAUAGAAUUAUAUCGACCCCAGCUUCUUUAUUUAAUGGAUUUAAAAGAGGAGUGCAUACUUUUGAAUGUGCUUAACAUGUUACUAAAAUAGCCUAAUAGUUCUUUUUAGGAAAUUAAAUUAGGAUGUCAGAUUAUAAGAGUGGGUAAUAUAAAAGAAGAGAAGAAUAAAAUAUGGAAGGAGGAUAAAGAAAUUAUAGAAGAAGAAAUAAUAGAAAUUAAGAAGAUGAUUAAUAAACAUAAGAAUAAUGAUAUUUUUUGUAUUAUUUUGUUUCUUAAAUAUUAUAAAUUAGAAUGUUCUAUUUUGCAUUUAUAUAAAUUUU